AUAUCGCAGGGAGUAAUUAAUAUUUUCACCUCCAUCAACCACAUGGCUCAAUCAUCUCCACCCACUUACACUGCCGUGCUCGAGCAAUCCUCAGUAGCGCCGCCGCCCGGAAAAGUUGCCGCCUUUUCCCUUCCUCUAUCAUUCCUAGAUCUAAAUUGGUUGCUUGGCUCCCCCGUCCACCGCCUUAUCUUCACCCAACACCCCGUCUCAAGAACACAGUUCGAAAAUUCUAUCAUUCCCCAUCUCAAAACUUCCUUCUCCAUUGCCCUCCAAUAUUACCCUCUCCUAGCAGCCAAGUUGGCCGUUCCUUUCGAUUAUUCAACCCCGCCUGAAAUUGUAUACGGUGACGGUGACGGCGUUUCUCUUGUCUUCGCCGUGUCGGACGAUAACGGCCGUUUUGAUUGUUUAUCGUCAAACCAUGCAAGAAACAGUAACGAAUUUUAUCCCCUUAUUCCCACGUUACCGUCAGUUCGACGUGGCAUGUUUGCUGUCCAAGUGACGCUAUUCCCGGACGCCGGAAUUUGCGUCGGAAUCGCCAACCACCACGUGGUUGGCGACGGGAGUAGUAUAUUUGGGUUCAUGAAGGCGUGGACUGCGCUUUCUUUACUCGGACACAAAUCACUUUCCGAUGAAUAUCUGCCAUUUCUGGAUAGAAGCGUUAUCGAAGAUCCUAAAGGACUAAAAACUCUCAUGUGGAACCAUAUGAAGAACAUCCCAAUCGAUGAAGACGGUCACGGCGUUCCCUUUCCGGACGUCACCGGCAAGGCACGUGCCACUUUUAUCCUCACACGUGACGACAUCCAAAAACUGAAAACUCACGUGAUCUCACGCCGGUCAAAAGUAGUACGUCAGCCAUCCACGUUCGUGGUGACGUGUGCGUACAUGUGGACCUGCCUGCUGAAAUCACAAUGCUUCGCUGCGGCCAGCGUCAACGAUGACGUGGACGACGACACCGUGUACUUCCUUUGCGCGGCGGAUUGUCGGGCGCGUUUGGACACGCCGUUGCCGGCGAAUUACUUCGGAAACUGCCUCGUGCCGUGCAUAGCACGCGCAAAGGCUGGACAGCUUGCGGCGGAGGACGGCCUUGCUGCGGCGGCUGAGGCGAUCGGAGAGGCUAUUCAGUGGCAGUUGCAGGGCGAGGAGGGAGUGCUUAGAGGAGCCGAGAAUUGGAUGAGUUUCUUCUCUACAGUGAGUUUUGAACGAAUCCUGAGUGUGGCUGGGUCUCCCAGACUUGACUAUUAUAAACUGGAUUUUGGGUGGGGAAAGCCUAAGAAGAUAGAGACUACUUCCAUAGAUUAUUCAGGAGCAAUCUAUGUUGGGUGUGCUAAGGAUUCCUUGGAUAUUGAGGUUGGUGUGUCUGUACCUGGGGCCAAAAUGCAUCUUCUUAAGACGCUUUUCGAUCAGGGCCUUCAAGCUUUAUCCAUUUAAUUUGAAUUGGCUUCAAUUUUUUAAUAAUCCCAGACGUACUUUUACUCCUUAAAUGUUCUUGUUUUUUUAAGAUAGAGGCCAUGCAUGCAACUUCGUAGUGGACUGUUAGUUGGUAAUGGAAUAAGGUAGCUAGAAUGUGACAAUCAAUGUCAAUGUAGUGGACUAUUGGUUGGUCCUCAAAUUAAAAAAUUUUGUUUUAAA